AUGGCGGAUAUCGUUUCGUAUCGGCCGUUUACAUUUCCCGGAGGUACAGAAGGACCAAGUGGUGUUCUGAUCUGCUCUGAAAAUUACAUCACUUAUAAAAAUUUUGGAGAUCAACCAGAUAUCAGGAUGCCAAUUCCAAGGAGAAGAAAUGAUCUUGAUGAUCCUGAACGUGGCAUGAUAUUUGUAUGCAGUGCUGCUCACAAGACCAAGUCCAUGUUUUUUUUCCUGGCACAAACAGAACAAGGUGAUAUUUUCAAGAUCACCCUGGAAACAGACGAAGAUAUGGUAACUGAAAUACGUAUGAAGUACUUUGAUACUGUGCCAGUAGCAAAUACUCUGUCAGUCUUGAAAACUGGAUUUCUAUUUCUGGCUGCAGAGUUUGGAAACCAUUUUCUGUAUCAGAUCGCCCAUUUAGGUGACGAUGACGAAGAGCCUGAAUUCAGUAGUGCCAUGCCGCUGGAGGAAGGCGACACAUUUUUUUUCGCACCACGAACUCUGAAAAAUCUUGUCUUAGUAGAUGAAAUGGAAAGUUUAUCCCCGAUUUUGUCUUGUCAAAUUGCCGAUUUAGCCAAUGAAGACACUCCUCAGUUAUAUUCGGCAUGUGGACGUGGUUCAAGGUCGUCCAUUAGGAUUCUCAGACAUGGUCUUGAGGUAUCUGAGAUGGCUGUGUCUGAACUGCCUGGUAACCCCAAUGCUGUCUGGACUGUCCGAAAAACGAUUGAAGAUGAAUUUGAUGCCUAUAUUAUUGUAUCUUUCGUGAAUGCCACCCUUGUACUGUCCAUCGGUGAGACUGUGGAGGAAGUAACAGAUUCUGGUUUCCUAGGAACCACACCCACUCUGUCAUGUUCUCUUAUCGGUGAAGAUGCUCUCCUUCAGGUAUGUGACUCCUUCAUUUAUGAUGCAAAAAACACGCAUGUACAUGCUAACAACGUCUGAUGAAGGCAUUUAAAUUAAUAAAAAAAAUAUGGCUUUAAUAGUGUUGUUCUCUGAUGCAAAUGUGUUGUAAUGGUUUCUGUUCCUGCUAACAAUAUUUUCAUUCUGUUUUCCCAGACUGGUCAAUUGAAUGAAUAUACUGAACGUAAAGAAAUGUCUGCCGAUGUACAGUGUAUGAGUCUCGCAAGCGUACCGGCUGGUGAACAGAGGUCACGGUUUUUGGCUGUGGGAUUAGCCGAUAAUACAGUUAGAAUCAUAUCCUUGGAUCCAUCAGAUUGCUUACAGCCACUGAGUAUGCAGGCGUUGCCUGCAUUGGCAGAAGCACUGUGUAUCAUAGAAACUAGCAUUGGUGAAAGUACUAUUGGUGAAGGAGCUGGAAUGCUUCUCUACCUUAACAUUGGACUACAGAACGGCGUACUGCUACGUACUGUAUUGGAUCCGGUAACUGGAGACCUCUCAGAUACACGUACCAGAUACCUAGGAUCAAGACCAGUCAAACUAUUUCGAGUUAAAAUGCAAGGCAGUGAAGCUGUGUUGGCAAUGUCCAGUAGAUCUUGGUUAAGUUACUGGUAUCAGUCACGAUUCCAUCUCACACCAUUGUCGUAUGAAACCUUGGAAUAUGCAUCUAGUUUUGCGUCCGAACAGUGUCCAGAAGGCGUAGUAGCUAUCUCAACGAACACUUUGAGAAUUUUGGCAUUGGAGAAGUUAGGAGCUGUUUUCAAUCAAGUCUCAUUACCAUUAAAAUACACGCCAAGAAAGUUUGCAGUCCAUCAUGAAAGCAACAUGCUUGUUUUGAUUGAAACUGACCACAAUGCUUACACAGAGGCUACAAAGCUACAGAGAAAACAGCAGAUGGCAGAGGAAAUGGUAGAUGCUGCAGGAGAGGAAGAGCAGGAAUUGGCAGCUGAAAUGGCUGCCACUUUCAUGAAUGAAAGCCUACCAGAAGAUGUAUUUGGUGCUCCAAAAGCAGGGUCCGGCAUGUGGGCAUCAGUUAUAAGGGUACUAGAACCAGUGUCGGGGAAAACGUUACACAUGGAACAGUUGGAGCAGAAUGAGGCUGCCUUUAGUGUUGCAAUUUGUAAGUUCAGUAACCGUGGUGAUGAUACCUUUGUGUUAGUGGGUGUUGCCAAAGAUAUGACUCUAAACCCCAGACAUUGCACCGAAGGAUUUAUCCACACAUACCAACUACUAGAAAAUGGUGAAUUAAAAUUAUUACACAAGACUUUGGUUGAUGAUGUGCCAUCAGCAAUAUGUCCAUUCCAAGGAAGAGUUCUCAUUGGCGUUGGCAAGCUACUGAGAUUGUAUGAUAUCGGAAAGAAGAAACUUCUCCGGAAAUGUGAAAACAAACACAUUCCAAGUUUUAUCGUAAAUAUCAGCGUUAUGGGUAGUCGAAUCAUAGUCAGCGAUGUCCAAGAAAGUUUUCAUUAUAUACGAUAUAAACAUCAGGAAAAUCAGAUGAUUGUUUUUGCUGACGAUACCAAUCCAAGAUACAUCACAGCUUCCUGCACACUCGAUCAUGACACCAUGGCUGCGGCCGAUAAAUUUGGAAAUAUCUCUGUGGUGCGAUUACCGCCAAGUAUUAACGACGAGGUUGAUGAGGAUCCAACAGGAAAUAAAGCCUUAUGGGAUAGGGGGUUGUUAAACGGUGCAUCACAGAAAGCAGAUAUCGUCGCUAACUUCCAUGUUGGUGAAACUGUAUGUUCAUUACAGAAGGCAACUUUAAUACCAGGUGGUUCUGAAUCUCUCGUUUUCACAACGCUGUCGGGCAGUGUAGGAAUGUUAGUGCCAUUUACAUCACAUGAGGACCAUGAUUUUUUUCAACAUUUAGAGAUGCAUAUUAGAUCAGAAUAUCCACCCUUAUGUGGCAGAGACCAUCUCUCAUUCAGAUCUUAUUUCUUUCCUGUCAAGAAUGUCAUUGAUGGUGAUCUUUGUGAGCAGUUUAAUUCUAUGGAUUCAACCAAACAACGCAAUGUGGCGGAAGAAUUGGACAGAAAUCCAAGCGAGGUCUCCAAGAAGCUAGAAGAUAUAAGAACAAGAUAUGCUUUCUAAAAGACUUGCUGAAAUAUUUUGCGCUACAAGAAGAAAAGUUGACCUGUUUUGCAAAUAAUGUUACUGAAUUAGACUGCAAGCAUUCAUUGUGUGAAAUACUGCCAGCAAUGUCUGUGCAGUAAAAAUUGAAUAUUGGUUUCCCAAAUAUUGGCUUGAAGACAAGAUCGCAAAGCAUACUUUGUUUCGGAGCAGUGUCUUCAGCUAGUAUUUCUUGCAAUUGGUUCAUGCUACUAGUUAUACUGUUAGAAAGUUUCUGAAUUCCCAUUUGAUAAUAUAAAUUCAAAUAAGUGUUUUUAUUGCACUGUGAAGUCUAUUCAUCCUGAAAUCUUGGUUUGUUUGUUGGCACUCUUUAACCAAUGUCAUUUAUUUAACACGUGUACAUAAUCUUUCUGGGAGUUUUUAUUCAUCCAUAGUGUGUUUUGUUUUCUUUUGUACGAGUGUCAUCUGAUAUUUAAAAAAUAGGUUGAUGAGUUUACUUGUGUUAAAACUUUGUUCCCAACAUUUGUUUUUGUUAAAAUCGUUAAGGCAAAACCAGAGGACAAUUUGAUGAAUAGCUUUGCAUCUUUCAGACUACAUGUAGGUGAGGACAUUUUAAUGAGUAGGUUCCUGACUACUUGUAGAUGAUAAAAUGGAAUUUUUCCAACAACAAAAGGUUGAUUUGUAAACCAUGGUAUUUUUUCUGUUAAGUAAAUGGUAUAGCACUGCCAUGAAAUGUAUAUAGUGACAAUUGUUAUGUUCAGUCUACUGAUGUGUAAACUACUGUUAACCAUGGAGGAACCAUUCUUUCUCUUUGGAUAGAAGAGGGGUGCCAGGAACACUGAAAAUAAGAGUCAGCAGGGAACUUGCUAUUGUAUGAAAUAAGGAAAAAAACAUAAUGUAUUGUCAAAUUAAAGAAACAUUUUUAAUUAAAAAAUAUUUUCAUACUUUAUAUAA